AUGUCUCAAGAUUGGAAAGUCCACGACCUGGGUAUUCCAAACCCGUUCAAUGACCCCUGGAUUGUCAGGAUGAUCAAGAAUCCCGAGAAGCUACCGGCAUCGGAGCUUUUUGCUGUUCCGAAAGACGAGAACUCCGAAUACGAUAACGAUCGCUGGACAAACAGAGAUUUGAUUCCAAUACCAAAAGACCGUCAAACAUGGACUGCCAUGUCUUACUUUGGCUACUGGGCAGUUGCUGGAAUGGGUAUCCCUACAUGGUCUAUGGGAUCCUCCGCCCUCGCUUACGGUUUGAACUGUAAGCAGGCUCUCGCAGCUAUAGCUGGUGGUGCUAUCAUUGUCGGUGUUAUUGCGGUGCUUAUUGGUAUCAUUGGCCAAAAGUGUAGGAUCGGCUACACUGUCUCCUCAAGAGCCGCCUACGGCUUCUAUGGCUGCUACCUGCCCAUCGCAAUCAAAUCCUUUAUUGCGUGUAUUUGGCAGGGUUUACAUUUCUACUACAUGGGCCAAGCCCUUGUGGGUACUAUUGGUUCGCUAGCGCCGACAUUUAUCACUGGAACUAUGGGCGAGGCUUUCUCUGACUGGAGUCCACUAACGAAGAACGAGCUUUUAGGUGUGUUUUUGGCAAUCAUCCUGUUUACCGUGAUGAUGCUUAUUCCACCAGAGAAAAUGCAGCCAAUGGUGCAUAUAUCGUUUAUCCUCCAGACAGGAUCUUUCUUUGGUCUCAUGGGCUGGGCCAUCCACGCCAACGGCGGCAAGCUGGGUCCUCUGUGGAACAGAGAGCAAACAACGAGCACUGGUCCAGGCUGGGCAGCGUUUUUCAUGAUCACCAACAUUUGCGGGUCAAAUUCAGGUGUUCUGGGCCAAAGUGACUGGACGAGAUACGCGAAAACCAGGUUUGCACCAAACUUUAGUCAGAUCGUUACCGCUCCUGUGACAUUGUUCUUGACGGCAGCCAUGGGCAUUUUUGCUUCCGCCGCCAUGGAGCCAGUGCUGGGUGACAUUUACUGGAAUCCAGUGACUUUGCUUCCAAAAUUACUGACCCACUACAACUUUAGCCCUUCAGUGCGCGCUGGGGUGUUCUUUGCGUCCUUUGGAAUUAUCUCUGGACAACUGUGGCAGGCCGUGCUUCUUACAGCUUGCAGCACCGGAAUGGACAUUUCUGGAUUUGCUCCGAAAUAUAUCAAUAUCCGCCGCGGAAGCUACGUUAUGACUGCUAUCGGAUUGGUUUGUCAGCCAUGGAAACUUCUUGCCACCUCCAACACUUUCUUGACCGUCUUGUCCGGCUUUUCUGUGUUUGUGGGUCCUCUUGUUGGGGGUGCCAUUGCAGAUUUCUUCGUUGUCAGAAGAAUGAAGUAUAGAAUGCGCGAUCUAUACAGAUGCCACGAUUCUAUCUACUGGACCAGAUGGGGGCUCAAUUGGAGAGGGCUGACUUCUUUUGCCAUUGGUUCACUGCCAACUUUCCCUGGGCUUGUUUGCACAGCAGGAAAUUACCCUAUGCCUUCUGGCUACGAGAAAUUCUACAAUCUGACUUAUCUUGUCGGACUGCUAACCACGUUUGUUGUGCAUUCGCUAAUUGGUUAUUUCUUUCCUCCCCCCGGCGUGGGACUCGAAGCCCCAUAUUAUGAGAAAGACUUGGAGGUGGAAACCGAAAUAUUGGAUUCGGAAAAAACUAACUACGUCGCAAAAGUCGUGGAGGACAACUCGAGCUCAGUGUAG